GGUUAAACCGACGCGGUGGCGUGGGGAGUUGGCUGUCCGCGUUUCUCUGAGCCGCGCCCAUUCCCUUCCACACUGGGCUGGUCCCGCGGUAGCGUCCAACGGCAAUCAUGAGUGAUCGAAAGGCAGUGAUCAAGAAUGCAGACAUGUCAGAGGAGAUGCAGCAGGAUGCUGUGGAGUGCGCUACUCAGGCCUUAGAGAAAUACAACAUCGAGAAGGACAUUGCUGCUCACAUAAAGAAGGAGUUUGACAAGAAAUACAAUCCCACUUGGCACUGCAUUGUGGGAAGGAACUUUGGCAGCUAUGUAACUCAUGAGACCAAGCACUUCAUCUACUUCUACCUCGGCCAAGUUGCCAUUCUUCUGUUCAAGUCUGGUUAGAGCCAGGGGCUGUUACUGCCCCUUGCGCCCGGUUACAGGACUGUGUGCUGACUCCUGACUAGUUACCACAGCCUUCCUGAUGAUGCAGUCCUUGAUCUUCAAGGGCAAUGGCAGGGGUUGUGCUGUAGCAGAGGAUGUUGCAGUGUGGAUAUAAAAAAGGAAAAAUGCCAAAAAAGUCUUCCUUGUAUUUAUUUUUUUCAGACAGCUGCUUCUUUGCUAGUAGAGCUAUUGGAGCAGUUUUGCCUUUGAGAGUUUUAAAGCAAUCUGCGGUAUUGCUAAUUACUACUUGCGCUGUGUAAGUACUGACACUGAUUAGUGCUUUCUGUUCCAAACAUUUCCUACUCUUCUGAUUUGUGUUUUGACGCUUUUUUUGUUCCCCUCUCGUUUUGCUGGAGGUACUGCCCCAAAGCGUGAGCUCUGUUUCUGCUGAUGCCCCUUGGAGAACCACUUUGGAAAAUAAAG